AUGAACCUGAGGUUCAGUGCACAGUCCUCAUCAUCGUCUCAGGUGUUCGUGGACUUCAGCUUCGUUCUGGAACCCCAGGACACGGUGACAUUACGGGGCGGUGUUCUCCAGCUGGACUGUGAGGCUCAGUCAGACCAGGGUAUUCCAGUCAUCGUUUGGAAGAAGGACGGGGUGUUGCUCAGCGCCGUGGUGGACGAGAGAAGACAGCAGCUCCCUAACGGUUCGCUAGUGGUCCAGAACGUGGUUCACUCACGACACCACCGACCUGACGAGGGGUCCUACCAGUGUCUGGCCAAGCUGGAUGGGCUGGGAGCCAUCGUCAGCAGAACGGGUCAAGUUACUGUUUCUGGUCCGUUGAAGCUCGUGGUCCCUACAGAGUCAGUGUCCUCUUACCUGGGUGACACGGCCCUGCUGCGCUGUGAGGUGACUGGUGAUCCCAUGCCCGUGGUACGCUGGCAGAAGAACAGAGAGGACCUGCCCCUCACCUUAACCCCAGAGAGCAGAGUGGUGGUACUGCCCUCUGGUUCGCUCCAGGUUAGCAAAGUCCAGCCACCAGACUCUGCCACCUACCGCUGCCUGGCAGACAACCCUGGCAGCGCCCGCACCGGCAGCGACGCAGACCUACGUGUGUUGCCAGAACCCGGAACCACCAGGAGCCUUCUGUUCCUCCAGAAGCCCCAGAGAGUCACCUCCCUCUUGGGGAGAGAUGCCGUGUUGGAGUGUUCAGCCUCGGGGUUCCCCACCCCUGUCUUCCACUGGAUGAGAGGAGCUGAGAGGAUACAGAGCAGGUCUAAGAAGUACUCCCUGCUGGGUGGCAGUAACCUGCUGAUCAGCAGCGUAACGGACGACGACUCAGGCUCCUACAGCUGCGUGGCGUUUAACAACAACCAGAACAUCACCGCUUCCUGCGAGCUGUCCGUCCUCGUGCCACCCCAGUUCCUGAACUACCCCACCAACACGUAUUCCUAUGAGAGUACGGACAUGGAGCUGGAGUGUGCUGUAACGGGGAACCCUCCUCCCACGGUGCGCUGGAUGAAGAACGGAGAGGAGGUCAUCCCCAGUGACUACUUCCAGAUCGUUGAUGGCAGUAACCUCCAGAUCCUUGGUCUGGUGAAGUCAGAUGAAGGUUUCUAUCAGUGUGUAGCUGAGAAUGAAGCAGGGAACGCCCAGGCUAUGGCCCAACUCAUACUGAGAGAGCCAGUUGUCCCCAGCUCAGGUGUCCUCCUCCCCUCUGCUCCCCGUGACGUGGUCCCUGUCCUAGUGUCCAGCCGUUUUGUCCGCCUCAGCUGGCGCCCCCCGCAGGAGACCAGAGGAACUGUCCAGACCUACGGCAUCUACUACUCCCAGGACACGGUCAACAGGGAGAGGUCUGUGAACGUGUCGGAGGCAGAGACCCUCCAGAUGACUGUCAGUAACCUGAAGCCAGAGGAGACCUACUCCUUCAGAGUGGUGGCCUACAACGACAACGGCCCUGGAGAGAGAUCUGAGACACUCAAACUCACCACGCAGCCUGAGCUGAAGGUCCCUGGGCCGGUGGAGAACCUCCAGGUAGAGUCCAUCUCUCCCACCUCCAUCCAGGCCUCCUGGGACGUCCCAGCCUACGCCAACGGUCCCCUGCUGGGGUACAGACUGCUCUGGACCGAGACUCCCUCUGGGAAGGAACAGAGUGUGGAGGUGAACGGGCAGAGUUAUAAGAUGGAGGGGCUGAAGAAGUUCACAGUGUACUCCUUGCGUGUCUUGGCAUUGAACCGUUAUGGCCCUGGGGUCACCACAGAGGACAUGAGCAUCACCACGCUGUCUGAUGUGCCAAGUGCUCCACCACAAAAUAUCUCGUUGGAAGGCGUUCUCUCAAGGAGCAUUAAGGUGAGCUGGCAGCCCCCUCCUCCCAACAGCCAGAACGGGUUCAUCACCGGCUAUAAGCUCCGAUACCGGAAGACCGGCCGACGAGGAGACCAGGAGGCCAUCGAACCUAACAACUUCUGGUACCUGUUCACAGGGCUGGAGAAAGGCAGUCAGUACAGUUUCCAGGUGGCUGCCAUGACAGCUAACGGCACGGGCCCAGCCAGCGAGUGGUUCACCGCAGAGACACCAGAGAAUGACCUUGACGAGAGCCAAGUCCCGAACCAACCGAGUUCCCUCCAUGUCCGACCGCUGCCCAACAGCAUCAUCAUGAGCUGGACUCCUCCCCUCAACCCCAACAUCCUAGUACGGGGCUACAUCAUUGGCUACGGAGUAGGAAGUCCCUACGCUGAGACGGUUAGGGUGGACAGCAAACAGCGAUACUACUCCAUAGAAAACCUAGAGCCCAGUUCCCACUAUGUCAUCUCCCUGAAAGCCUUCAACAAUGCCGGACAGGGGGUCCCCCUGUACGAGAGCGCUGUGACCAGAUCUAUAACAGAUACGUCCACCCCCAUGAUCCCCCCAGUAGGUGUCCAGGCCGUGGCCCUGACCCCAGACUCUGUCAGGGUCAGUUGGGCAGACAACUCCAUGACCAAGAACCAGAAGACUACUGAAAUCCGCUACUACUCCGUCAAGUGGAAGACCAGCUACUCUACCAGUGGGAAGUUCAAGUCUGCAGACACUACAGCCCUCAGCCACACCGUCACCGGCCUCAAGCCCAACACCAUGUAUGAGUUCGCUGUCAUGGUUACCAAGGGCCGCAAGUCCAGCACGUGGAGUAUGACCGCUCACGCCACCACUUACGAAGCAGCUCCCAGCUCCGCCCCCAAGGACCUGACGGUCAUCAGUCGUGAGGGGAGACCCAGAGCUAUUCUGAUUAGCUGGCAACCCCCCAUGGAGACCAACGGGCGGAUCAUGGGCUAUAUCCUGUACUACACCCUGGAUAAGAACAUGCCUAUAGAUGACUGGGUAAUGGAGAGUAUCAGUGGAGAUCGUCUGACCCACCAGGUGAUGGACCUGAACCUGGACACUGUCUACUACUUCAGGAUCCAAGCUAAGAAUGCCAAGGGAGUGGGUCCCCUGUCAGACCCCAUCCACUUCAGGACUAACAAAGUGGAACAUCCAGACAAGAUGGCCAACGAUCAAGGUCGCCAUGGAGAUGGCGGCUACUGGCCUUCUGACAACAACCUGAUUGAUAGGAGCAGUUUGAACGACAUUGGUCAGAUGCGUCCUCCUCACGGCAGCGUGACGCCCCAGAAGAACAGCAACCUCCUGGUCAUCAUCGUGGUCUCCGUCGGAGCCGUUACCGUGGUAGUGGUUGUCAUAGUAGCGCUGAUCUGCACCCGGCGCUCCUCCGCGCAACAGAGGAAGAAGCGUGCCACCCACAGUACAGGGAAGAGGAAAGGUAGUCAGAAGGACCUGAGACCUCCAGACCUGUGGAUUCAUCAUGAGGAGAUGGAACUGAAGAACAUGGAGAAGCCUGCCAGCGCCGCCCCCUCCGGACGCGAUUCACCCAUCCAGGGUUCUAUCCAGGAUAUCAGGUCUCAGUCUGUCAGUCACAGCCAAUCAGAGAGCCAAAUGGGCAGUAAGAGCAGCCACUCAGGUGGAGACAACGAUGAGGCUUCCAGCUGCAUCUCUACGUUAGAGCGCUCUCUAGCUGCCAGGAGGGCAACACGUACCAAACUGUUGAUCCCCAUGGACUCUCAGCCUAGCAACACCCCUGUUGUCAGUGCCAUUCCAGUGCCAACCCUGGAGGGCAGCCAGUACCCUGGCAUUCUGCCCUCGCCCACCUGCGGGUACAGCCAUGGUACGCUGACCACUCACCCCAAGUUCACCCUGAGACCGAUGCCCUUCCCCAGCCUCACCGUGGACCGCAGCUACACAACAGGUGGAACGAUAUUGACAGAGGGCAGCACCACGCUGGGAGUACAGCAGCAGACCUUGAUUAGCAGCAGUAGCAGUCAGCCAGGUGUAGGAGGUAAAGGGGAGCUCUCUCUCCCUGGCACAGAGGAGGUUGGAGGUACCUCGACCCGUACCAUCCCCACUGCCUGCGUCCGGCCCACGCACCCCCUACGAAGCUUCGCCAACCCUCUCCUGCCUCCACCCAUGGGCACCAUCGACCCCAAGGUCUACACGCCCAUGAUGCCACAUUCAAGUGCCAGCCUUCCCAAGCCAACAGUAAAAACAGCAUCUCUGGGGCAAGCUGGCAAAGCCAGAUCACCACUACUACCUGUCUCCGUGCCAACAGCCCCAGAGGUGGGUGAAGAGGGACAGAAACAGCCAGAUGACUCAGCCAAUGUUUACGAGCAAGACGACUUGAGUGAACAGAUGGCGAGCCUAGAGGGACUCAUGAAGCAACUCAACGCCAUCACUGGCUCAGCCUUUUAACCCCAGCAGCCCUGGCAGAGAGUCCCACCCAGACAGUCCGUCAGACCUUCAACACAGCACAGACAGACAGCAGUACCACUAGGAGAAGCACGGUGUCAGGACCACAGAAACAAGGGGCAGGGCACA